UUCUUGCCUGAGCCAAAUUAGAACACAAAUUACCAUCAUGUUUACUCUUUAAUUUAGUUAAUUCCAUCUGAAAAAAAAAUCAUGUCAAAGAAGAAGCUUCACAAUCCCCUGAAUUUCUUCCAAGAAAAUCGUGGAGUAAAUCAACAAAAAGCACUGGAUACAGCACUCGUACAAUGUUGUCUGUCUGGAGAUGACGAUGCGGUGAUCGACCUUUUGCAGAAGGGAGCCUCCCCGGAAGGAGAGGCGUAUGCGAUGGCACAGAUUGCCAGUGGGGAAAACUUCAAGCGGCCGCUGAUGGCCGCAGUAAUGAACGGGCACAAGAAGAUUGCGCAGCUGUUGUUAGACAAUGGAGCUGAUCCAUGUGGUGUGAACAGGUAUCAUGUCCAGCCCAUCCAUCUUGCUGCCCAUGCCGGUCACAGAGAUUGUGUGACUCUGCUUCUCAAUUCUGGAGCAAAUGCUAACGCGGAGACUUCGGACUUCAAUGCGCCUGGUGUCUACAAAAAGCCAUUUCGAGGAGGAACCACACCUUUACACAUGGCAGCCAAGUUGAACCGUAGCGACUGCAUUGAAGAGUUAGUACAACGAGGCCAUGCUGAUCUUGACAAGAAAGACGUAAUUGGAAUGAAUUGUCUGAACACUGCAUGCCAACUUGGCCACGAAGAGAGUGCUCUCACCAUUCUUAGGCUGUCUCAAGAAAAGAAGAUAGCGGCUAAGUCAUCGAUAGGCACAGGAAAUAGCCCACUCCAUGACUGCGUACGCUGUGGCCUUCUAAAAGCGACAAAGGCUCUACUAGACUAUGGGGUGGAGGUGAACGCAGCUAAUCCAACUGGUUAUACUCCACUGCACUUUGCUAUGAUACAAACAAGUGAUGCUGGACCAGAUCUUAUACGAACUCUCAUACUGCACGGCCGCGAUAUUGAGGUCAACCUUCCGAACAGAAAAGGAUUAAAACCUCUUCAUCUUGUGGCCUUCAAGUCGGAUGGAGGAGAGCACUUUCAUCACGUACACACCAUCGAGUAUCACAUGUCCCGUGAUCAUAUCACCCUCGACCCCGGCCGACCUCGCUAUGACCCAGAACUGACCUGCUUCUUGCUGCAGUACGGAGCAGACUUCAACAUCGAGUAUCACGGCAGGUCGUUGUUACAACAGGAGAUCUACAACAAAGAUGACGAGGAUGACGAUGUCAUCUUAGAUACUAUCUUGCGAGCCACAGACUCCUUUGAGAUACCCUACCACCCCAGUCCAAGGGAUAGCCAAGUGUCACAGAUUUUAGAGAGGUUGACCAUGCUAAAGACUCUGUUCUCUAACCCGAGACCGCUCCAACAUCUGUGCCGUCUUCGCGUCAGGAGGCUCCUCAGACCGACACGUCUCAAUAGAGUCGGGGAGCUGGCUGUUCCCGAUCGCCUCAAGGAAUACAUCCUCUUGAAAUGUUGAGUAUGCAAUUUUUUGUCACAGCGGAUAAAAUCCACUUAAAACGUUUCAAUAUUCAUUGAAUUAUCAUGGUAUACAUGAAUUAGGGUAUGAAGGUAUGUAUUUAUAGCAGACAUGCAAAGAGAUCCGACCUAUUUGAGGACUUUCAGUCAGAAAUUCAAAGUUUUAUAUCUGACUUUGUCCUCAUUGAACAGGAUAAGAGGGUUCACCUCCCUCUGGCAUAUUUGAGUUGAUGAUGAUGUUAUUAGAUUAUGUCAUAAAAUGAAACAAUUUUAAUGAAAAGAGACUUUCGAAGGAGAAUUGAAUUCAUGUAGGAAUAGUGAUCUGAAGUGUACAUUUUGUUUCAGAACUGGCAUUGGGAAAAUGUUGAGAUUUUUAACUGCUGUUAGUCGAGCAUCCAUCUAUUUAUUAUUAUUAUUAUUUUUUCAGCUUUCAAGAUUCUCUUUUAAAUUAAAAGAAUUUUUUUUUUCAUAAGCUCUUCAGUGUAUUUGCAGCAAUUCAACCCAGAAUGCUUUGCUGCAACUGUGUUCAGCAUGCAGUCAAGUGUACCAAGCCAUGUCAAGUUCGCAAGUUGACUUGAGAUGUCUUUGAAAUGUCUUUGCCAAAAGAAGUGCUUCUAAAAAGUAAACCGUCAACAACUCGCCAUACUAACUUGCCUCUGUGUGUGUGAAAGUGGUAUAGGUUUCCAAGUCUUCCAUGUCUGUGCAUAAGUCUGUAGCAUCGUGAAGGUAUUAUCCUUAAUUAGAAAAUGGAUGAUUUUAUGACUGCAAUUGAUUCAACUCAGAUCAAGAUUGAUUUUAAUUCAUAUCUCUCAAGAAAUCUUAUUGAAAUAUCAAUUUGAUCUAGAAUAAAUUACAACUUUCAUAAAGAAUGAAUCCAAAUUGAUUAUAAAAGGUAAAGUGGAAAUUUUUCGCAGCAAAAACCCCUCGUCAAAAUCCCCUCAUCUUUGCAGCAAGCUCUAUAAUGAUCUCAUAAUUUGUCUAUAAUUGGUAAAAUAACUUCCAUUUUUUCAACCUUCUUUUCCUUCAAUUUCAGUUGGGAAAGGGGAGUAACUGAUGCAUGUACCUGAUGCCAAAGCCAUUGCAGAUUCCCUCCCAGCCACCAUUUGACAAUUACUUAUUUUACAGUAACUCCUUUCAAAAUAACUCAGACGGUGUCACACAUGAUGACAUACACGUAGCAGAUGCCUAUAAUCUUCCCCAUGGUCAGGUGUCAUGAAAAAAUACAUUAGCAUAUUUGGACAACACAGUCUGCACCUAGACCAUCCCCUCAUGCCUGCGUCCUCCAUAUGUUUCCCGGCUGUUUAUUUCUGCCCUCGGGCAGAGAGACGAGACGCCUCGCUGCUGGGAUGCUUGCCCACUGACCUAGACUCUUUUUUUUCUAAUCUUUGUUUUAAUAUAUUAUUUCAUGUCUCAUGACUCCAAAUAAACAAGAUGCAUACAUACUUGAUACUUGAUGCGAUAAUUCCUCUUGCAGCUCCAAAAAGCUAAACUGGAAUGAACCUUGCAAUAUGUCUUGAAAGAUUAAUACAAAGGCCUUUCUAGCAAAUUUGUUGUGUUUCUCGUCAUUAAAAGGAACUUGCCUUUCCCUCAGAAAUUGCUUGAGUUUAGCUGUAGAAAACUGCUGAAAUCUACGAACAGCGUCAUCCAUCGUGUUUGCCACGAUUACAAGGUUUGAUCUUCAAGUAUAAGCAUUCUAAAACUCCCUGAUUGAGUUUGAAAAAAUGCUUUGAAAUUUUGGGAUGAAAAAAAGGCUGAGAAUAUAAGCCGUAUUGUAGAAAAUAUUUGGCAUUAUAUGGCUUCAGUGCGGUUGUAAAUAGGUUUGCCCCCGUUUUCUUCCUGUGAUCUAUUGUGCGACACACGACAAGUGUUAUUUGCUAUAAGGUCGAUUGGCGAGUGACUCCCUAGCCCUCAGGCUGUAUCAGUGCCAAGAAGAAGAUAAUGUAAUUCAAUUUUGUUCCAUUCUCCAGGAAUGUUGGUGUGCAACAUGUGGAUCAAAGCUUCCUUGUGGCGAGGAUUUUUUAAAUGCGGUAUGAAGUCCACUCCUACAGACUCUUGUUAAAAUGUUCACACAAAUGAUCUAUAGGAUUAAGAAAUCUUUGAAAAUUCUGAACUUUUUACUGAUUGAUAUUGCGAGGUCUUGGAUGGGAUCAUCCCCCUCCCCUUCCUGCUUGGCAGGUUUUUACUAUAUUCUCAACAUCCUUGCUUAUACCGGACCAAUAUACACAGUCCUUGGCUGGCUGUCUGGUUCUCUCGAUACCUGUAUCACUGGUGUGCAUUUAUUUCAAGAUAUCUGCUCGGAGUGGCUUCGGUACAUCCACUUGCCUUCCUUUGAAGAUGAUGCCAUUGAUCGUGCGUGGUUCAUAUCAUUUGAACAAGGACAUCAUGGCGAUUGAGCCGCUGUUCCUUUUUUGCCUUUUUCUCAGAACAUUUUUCAAGAUGUUCCGAACAUGCUUUGGCUGGUGAUAAGAUGAAGUCAUUUUAGAAUAAAUCUUAUGUGUCAUUCUGAUUGAUUUCAAUAAAGUUUUAGAUCGCUAGGUGCAUGCUUGUACAAUCCACUUUAAUGCAGGGGAAAAUAAAGCGCUUUUGUGAAAGGGAGUAGAACCAAAUAGUGGCCAGUGAUGUCAGUGAUAUGCAUGUAAUACCGUAUAUAAAAUAUGUGAAACUAUAGCCUAGGAAGUUGGACAAGACAGGGUAAACUGAGCUGUGAUCACAUGUUCGAUUUAUAUCAACCUCACUGAAUGCUUUCCAAGCAUACUUCUUUGAUAACAAUUACGGUAUCAGAAAAUGUUGUGAGACCUUUCACCAUAUUCAGGAGUUUCAAGUUAUAAGUAAAUGACUUCAAUGCCAAAUCCCCUCUUAUUUUGAAUGAUUGAAUCUGUUAAAUCAGUUAGAUCAUGCUUAUUACCAAUACCAAUAACAAAGGUGGCGACACACAUAAUCUUUGUGUAGAGGUAUUUUCUGCCCAUCCACACUGUAUUUGUACAGUGGAUUCCUCUCUCUAACCAAAACAAACUGUUGGGAUGAUGAGGGACUCAAAAUCUGUGCUUAUUUAGAGCUGUCUUAUCACUUGUCAGGAAAGCCUGAGCAUGCCGUGUGAAAUGAUUGGUUAACACAAGAACAUUCUCUAUUCUUCCUCCUUACGACACUAGGCUCAGAAAGUCAAGGUAUUCUAGUUCAAGCGGUCGCGAGCUUUUAAUCAAGGUCAAAAGUGCUCUGGACUUGGAUUCUCUCGUCUUCCUUACAGUGCAACGUUUACAUCGUUGGAUUUUUUCUUGUACAUGAGAUUUCAGUCCAGGACAGAAGUAUCUAUCUUGCAUCGCAGCAAAAGUCCUCUCUACUCCAAGGUGACCCAUGUCUUGGUGUGUCUUUUAAAGAGCUGUUUUCCUCAUUCCCUUUGGAAGAACUACCAGUGUGCGAUCGUCAUCUCUUCAGUUUGGUACAUCCGUCUCUGAUGAUCCGGGCCAACAUGAUCAUGACUGGAUCGACUGCUGUCUCUCUUAGCAACUGUGUCCACUUGUUUUCAGAGAACACAGACAAAUCAUAAACCUCUAGCUUAUUCCAUUGUCGAAGUAGCAUUCCAACAGCAACUUUUUCUUUCUUGAUCUGACGUGAUCCAGGUUUGCUGCCACUUUAUUUUGGCUCAAUGACGCGGUUUGUGACGAAAUCUUCAUUCUGAAACUUAGCAAUCUCUGCCAAAGUCAUUCCUUUUAACUCUGUGCUUUUGCACUCAUUCUGUUGAUACAGAUCUGUAGCAUUUAUGUUGUGAUUUUCAUUCACCUUGAAAGGAAUGUCCUCUCCUCCGGAAAUGUCAUGGGCAGUGGUAGUGAAGUCCAGGGUACGCCAUGCUUCUUUUGAAGAAAUUCUUGACAAGCUGUUG